AUGCAUGCAAGGGAGGCAAACGUAUCUCAAAAAAGGCUUACUAAGUUAAAGAUGAAAUGGGGUAAUGAUUCACAGAGAGGAUCACUUGAGAAGGAGGUUCUUGCUGAGCUCAAGCCACACACUGAUACGUUGAAACAUUUUGAAGUUGAGUAUUACGGGGGAGUAGAGUUUCCAUGUUGGGUCGGGGAUCCCACUUUUCAUCAAUUGGUUCAUGUGUCCCUACGGGGUUGUAGAAAAUGUACAUCUCUACCGCUGCUUGGGCGGUUACCUUCACUUAAGGAGUUGUUGAUUCAAGGAAUGGAUGAUGUUAAAGUCAUCAGUUUGGAGUUAAGUAGGAGUACUGAUGUAACCUUCCCUUCACUUGAAAUUCUAAGGUUUGAAGAUAUGUCUAGUUGGAAGGCAUGGUCAACCAAUAGCGAGGUAAUGUUUCCACGCCUUCGAGAGCUUCAAAUAAUCAAAUGUCCCGAUUUGAUUGAUGUCUCACUUGAAGCAUUACCUUCACUAAGAGUUUUGAGGAUAGAGGGAUGUAGUGAAAGUGUGCUGAGAAGUCUGGUUCAAGCAGCUUCAUCAACCACUAAAUUGGAAAUAGAAUCAAUUUUAGGGCUUACGGAUGAGGUGUGGAGAGGUGUCAUAGUGAAUUUCUGGGCGGUUGAAGAGCUAUGCAUACGAAAAUGUGAUGAGAUAAGAUACCUAUGGGAAUCAGAUGCAGAGGCAAGUAAAGUUCUUGUAAAUUUAAAGGAAUUGAAGGUAUGGAGAUGUAAAAAUUUGGUGAGUUUAGGAGAGAAAGAGGAGGAUGAGGAUAACAUUGGUAGCAACCUCCUAUCAUCUCUUAGGAUGUUGGUUAUAGAUUCAUGUGAAAGUAUGGAGCGUUUGUGUUGUCCAAAUAGCAUUGAGAGUUUGGUGAUCAAGUGGUGUAGUUCAGUUAGAGAUGUCUCCUUCCCAAGAGCAACAACAACAACAGGUGGAGGAGGGCAGAAUCUCAAGUCACUUACUAUAGAUAUAUGGGGUUGUGGAAAUCUAAAAUCAAUAAAUCAAUUGAGUAACUCCACUCACCUCACCUCUUUGUCAAUAAGUUAUUGUGAAAACAUGGAGUUAUUUUCUGAUCUUCAUCAGCUAUCAAAUCUCACCUCGUUGUAUAUACAAGGCUGUAAAAGCAUAGGCAUAGAGUCAUUUCCUAACCUCCAUCUGCCAAAUCUCACAGAUCUGGGGAUAGAAGGUUGUAAAAACAUGAAGGCAUUUGGUGACCUGCAGCUACCAAAUCUAAUCAGUUGGAGGAUAGAAAGUUGUGAAAAUCUGGAGUCAUUUCCUGACCUUCAGCUAUCCAAUCUCACCAUGUUAAAACAUAUGACUAUCAGAUAUUGUCCAAUGAUUGAUGCUUCCUUUCCUCGUGGGCUUUGGCCUCCCAAUUUGUGUUAUCUUGAUAUAGGGGGGUCGAAAAAGCCCAUCUCAGAAUGGGGCUAUCAGAAUUUUCCAGCUUCCCUUGUUCACCUAAGAUUAUUUAAUGAACCUGAUGUGAGGAAUUUCAGUCAAUUGUCCCACCUUUUCCCUUCUUCUCUUACUAAUCUUAGCAUAUGGAGUUUUGAUAAUCUGGAAUCACUUUCAACUGGACUCCAACACCUCACAUCCCUUCAACAUCUCAUUAUUUGGUUUUGCCCAAAGGUGAACGAUCUACCAGAGACGCUGUUACCUUCACUUUUGAGUUUGAUAAUUGACGAAUGCCCAAAAUUGAAAGAAAGGUGUGAAGGAAGAGGCUCCCACUACUGGCCACUCAUCUCUCAUAUCCCCUGCAUCUACAUGGACCGCAGUUAUCACUUUUCAUGA